UGAAAUGUCAGAUAUAUGAUCCUGCAUUCCUGCCCAAUAGAUAGCUGCCCAUUUCCUUAUUUCGUGCUUUGUUUGUCCGCGUUAAAAAAAAAUUUAAAAAAAAAAAAAAAAAAAAACCCUCACCGUUACAAGUCAAAAUAAAAUUUUGUUUAAAACAAUUUCCAUUGACUCCUACCUAUCCUGGCCCAAAACAAACAACAACUAAAAGGAAACCAAUUCUUCCAUCUCCGCCCCUCCAACCACCUUCUCCACCCUCUCCACCGCUCUCUCCCCUCGAAUUCUCAUUCCACGCCGUCGCUUUAUCUACUGGAUCCCCUCCUCUGCUUACAUAUUCACGGCGCCGACAAUAUUUUUUCUCUGUCCGUCGAGAUCUCCGCAAUCGCCAUCACCUCCAUGAUUAGCUGCUAAUAACUCCCUAAAAAGGGAAAAAAUUAAAGAUGGUGAGAAAUAGAGGAGAAAGGGAGGAUUUAGAGAAGUUAGCGUUACCAGCGAUCAACCAUCAUCAUCAUAAUUCUAAUAUGAAGGAUACAUCGUUCAAAAUCAUGAGGCUUGUAUUAUGUUUAGUAGUAUUUGUUACAGGUAUAGUUAUAGGAUUAAUUUCAGGUUCACGUAUUGAUGUUUUUGAUAAUUGGUAUACAAAUUCAGGGGACAACAACCGCUACGCCGCCGCCGUGCCAGAGAAAAACAUUAGUAGUAGUAGGAGUGAAAACUGCACUGUUGUUAUCAAACAGUCCUCUAAAUGUGAGAAAGUUGAUUGCUUGAGUUUAGAGAAUUUAAUACACCCUAAAGAGUUGAUUCAUGGUUUAUCUGAUCAGGAAUUGUUUUGGAAGGCAACAAUGGUGCCUAGAAUUGAAGGGUAUCCUUUCAAGAGGAUACCUAAAGUGGCCUUUAUGUUCUUGACUAGGGGUCCUUUGCCAUUUUUGCCUUUGUGGGAGAGGUUUUUUGGUGGGCAUGAAGAUUAUUUUUCUAUUUAUGUGCAUACUUUGCCUGGGUUUAUACUAAAUGUUUCACCUUACUCCGUCUUCUUCGGGCGCCAAAUUCCUAGUCAGAAAGUUUCUUGGGGUGAUAUAUCUUUAGCAGAUGCUGAGAAGAGGCUUUUGGCCAAUGCUCUCCUUGACGUUUCGAAUGAGCGAUUUGUGCUUAUUUCUGAGAGCUGUAUCCCAGUCUACAAUUUCCAAAUAGUGUACAAAUACCUUGUGGACUCUGUACACAGUUUUGUGGAGUCAUAUGAUGAUCCAUCCCGUUAUGGUCGUGGUCGCUACAGCCGGAGAAUGGGACCCAACAUCAAACUCCAUCAAUGGAGAAAAGGAUCUCAGUGGUUUGAGAUUAAGCGAGCUUUGGCUAUUGACAUCGUAUCAGAUUACAAGUACUAUGAUCUUUUUAGGAAAUACUGCCAUCCAUCUUGCUACCCCGAUGAGCAUUAUAUCCCUACUUACCUCAACAUAUUUCAUCCGUACCUCAAUGCCAACCGUACUGUCACUUGGGUGGAUUGGUCUUUGGGAGGACCUCAUCCUGCGAGUUUUGGGAGAGAAAAUAUUACAGAAGGUUUCAUACAGAAUAUCAGAAAUAACGGGACAGAGUGUUGGUAUAAUUCUCAGAGAACACCUGUUUGUUACCUGUUUGCUCGAAAGUUCGCUCCAAGCGCCCUGGAGCCCUUGCUUAACAUAAGUUUCAAGGUUCUGGGAUUCUGAUUGACUUGGCUGGAGUUGAACCACAUCCAAAGAGUUUUGGUUUCGAUGGUGGUUAGGUUAGAUUUCUUUAGACACUGCUGGUAUGUUUUUUGUUUUUUUUCCCUUGUACAGAUAAAAUCAAUUUUAAUAUUUUAAAACCGGAAGAUUUGCAUGUCACUUGUCACCACAAUCUCUUUUAUUUUUAUAUAUUUUAACUUAUUUUGUAUAACUCUUACACCGUGCGUCGCAUGGGCCAAAUAACUAGUUUUGAUUAAUGUAGUUACACACUGAAAAGAAAACAA